CCCACUCUCGUAAUCAUUUUAUAUCAGAAUUUUCCAAAUAUUUUCCAAACAAAACCUGGCAAUGUGCGCGCCUAAAUAAAACAGCAGCAUCAAAAAUAAUAAAAAAAAAACACAAAAAAUGUUAAAUUCGAAAAGUAAAGAAUGAAAAGUAGCUAAGGAAUUUUUUCGAUGCCGCCCUGUGUCGGUGGUUUUGUUGCUAUUUGUGUACUUUAAUCGACAACACAAAUGAAAAACAAUAAAAAAAACUAAGAAACAGCGAAACCGAAUCUUGGGAUGCCCUUGGGGAUGCAUCGAUCCAUUGCAGACUCAGAUGACUUUAAGGCUGAAAGACUGAUGAAAGCCGACGGAUGACUUGUAAUCCUGAUCCAGAACAUAUAUACAUAUGUAUGUACUUCCUUCAGUGCAAUUAAAACUUUCCUCGAACUUGAUAGUACCCUCGGCAAGGGUAUACAAAUAUUGCGCAUACGCUACAUUGACUAUUCCGCUCAGCAGAGGGAGAAUCAUCUCAGGUUGGACACCCCAACAGCCGACAGCCGACAGCCGACAGCCGACAGCCAACUGUCAGUUUGCAAUCAACGCGUGCCAGUGGCAGCUGUGCGUGUGCAUAAGAUACUUGUACAUUUCGGGCGGCAUAGGCCCAUAACACCAAUCGCCCAGUUCCGAUACGAUCCGUGACAUAUAAGCAUCGAUAUCGAUGGAAACAUUAGUUGGCAGCAUUACCAAUAGUUUCCCUACUGGGUGUGUGUGAUUUGCAGCAUCCAUACGAUACAUGGCUGCCUCUACGACUCAAUGUGAGAGAUAUUUGAGUGAAAUAUAUCUGAGAAGUGUUUGGGAGACAUUCGAGAGCAAUGCAGCGCAACCAGUUUGUGUUUAUCUACGGGGUGUGGAAGACCAUAACUCAUAUAAUCAAAUGGUAGAUGUCCAAUACGUACACCUUGGCCACAAAGCAGCGACAGACAGAGGGACAGUACAGUCUAGUCCUCCAGCCAGCCAGUCAGCCAGUCGGCAGGCAGAACCAUGACCAUGCCACUGAACAGUAGCACCGCAAGCUACUUGCCAAGUGAAACUGCCGACCCGCAUCAGCCUCAUCAUCAUCAGCAGACCAUGCUACUCUAUUCCGGAUUCCUGUCCUCGGCGCUGUCCGGCGUCACAGAGGACUCCACUGUCAGCAUGAGUACGAGUAAUAGUCUGCUGCUCAUUCAGACGACAACCAGUGCAACAUCAGAAGCAGCAGGAUUGGGAUCAGCAGCCACAUCCACGCUCAGGGCUACAGCAGCGGCAGCGGUGCUGGGAGUGCCUUCGGUGAAUUCGUAUUUGGUGAGCAUGGCCUGGCCCAAGUCCCUGGCUGUGGCCCUGUUCCUAGUGCUUAUCCUCGUCACAGUGGUGGGCAACACGCUCGUCAUACUCGCCGUGAUGACAACCCGCCGGCUGCGCACGGUCACCAACUGCUUCGUGAUGAACCUUGCCAUAACGGACUGGCUGGUGGGCACCUGUGUGAUGCCUCCAUCGGUCAUACUCUACAUAACAGGCACCUGGCGCUUCGGAUGGAUACUGUGCGAUGUAUGGAUCUCCCUGGACAUUCUCCUCUGCACCGGCUCCAUUCUUAGCCUGUGCGCAAUCAGCCUGGACAGGUAUCUGGCCGUCACACAACCCUUGACGUACUCGAAGAAGCGACGCUCCAAGCGCCUGGCCCUGCUCAUGAUACUGGUCGUGUGGAUAACGGCCCUGUCAAUCACAUGUCCCCCGUAUUUGGGCUGGUACGAGGCGGGCAGGCACCAGGAGGAUUAUGUGGACUGUCGCUACAACCAGAACAAGGGAUACGUGGUCUUCUCGGCCAUGGGAUCGUUCUUCAUCCCCCUGACAGUGAUGCUAUAUGUCUACGUCAAGAUUGGUUAUGUGCUCACCUCGCGCCGACAGCGCAUUGUGCGCGAUGCGAACUCGGAGCGCACAGCGGACUGUGACGUGGAUGGCGACAACUUCAUCUCCGAGUCGGAGCACUAUCACUGCACGCCCACCAAAUGGCUGCCGCACCGGAAGUCCCGCUGGAGGUUCAACUCGUUGCACGAACAGACAGGCUCCACCGCCACCAGCGCCGGAAAACAGUCACUCAAGUGCUCAAAGUGCCAGGAGAAGACUGGACAAGUGCCGGACAAAACGCUGACCUUCAAGCACCAGCCCACGUUCUACGAACUAGUGGAGGUCUCUCGGCUAUCCUCACUCAUCCACUGCUCGGCAAUUAGCUGCAAGUACGGCGGCCCCUGCAUUCACUCCACGCCCUCGGGGCUGCACUACACGGGCAGCCAGGCCUCCUUCUCGGAAACCUGCAUGGGUGCCGCAUCCAAUCUGGCCGCCGAGUCGCCAUCCGACUCCAAGUCACAGCAGCAGCAGUUUGACGGGGACUCUAAGGUCGGCUCUCAGGCGGCUCUGCAGAAGAGAGUCUUCGACAUGCAGCACCAUAACCACGGCCAGCACAACCCCCACCGGAUGCCGAUGCGAGUGUCGACCACGAAACGUGAUAGUACAAAGACCGCCAAGACCCUGACGAUUGUAAUGGGCGGUCUAAUUGCUUGCUGGCUGCCCUUCUUUGUCUAUUACCUGCUGAUACCCUUCCUGCCCCGCCCGGCGGUGCUCGAGGACCUCAUGUUCGGCUUCACCUGGGUGGGCUGGGUAAAUUGUGCCAUCAACCCCUUCAUCUACGCCUUCUACAAUCCCGACUUUCGCACUGCCUUCUGGCGCCUCACCUGCCGACCCAUCUGCAAGCCGAAGCGUCCUCCCAAUCAUCUUGCCAUGUUCCGUGGCUAAGUUUAUCUGCAUCCCAGGAUACCUUUAGAGCAGUAUCCUGAUAAUUGUGCCAUAAUCUGAGACACCCUCCCAACACCAAGCGUGGUUCAGGUUCAGAGAGAAGGAAAGAGUUGAGCUGGAUGUCGCCAUGUGCCAUAGCUUUCAGUGUGCACUAGGCUUUAAUUCCUUCAACGUUAUUGUUCUAGUCGGGAGGAUACUUACUCUAAGGAGGUUCCCAGAAAGUCUCUCUAAACUACUUUUGGAGAGUAUCGUAGCAUAAUUAAUUAAAGGCAGUAUGCAUAGUGUAUCAGCUAUCUUCUUUUAGUCUUAGCUGAUUCAUUUUCUGAGCCACUCGAGCAGAUGCAAUUUGAUCCCAGUUAAGAUUUUCUACUAAGUCAGAUUCCAUCAUACAUGAGAGUGAGUAUGUCAUAAAUAUAUAAAUGUGUGUGCAGUGUGAGUGGAAAAACAAACCGAACCAAAUGACAAAUUAUAGUAUUUGCAGGGUCUUUGUUGCCUGACAUCAACUGUUGACUGUCUGUAUAUCUGGCAGCUGAUGAUGGUGCCGUAUCCUUUGUUGUGUGUCCAGUGUGUGAGUGUGUGGUCUUGUCCAGCUAUGUGACUGGGUUCAGUAGCUGCCAACGACAUAUGUGGCGUAUCCUUUGUAGGCCCGUCCGUCCCUGCACGGCCCUUCGGGCACUGACAGAGUCUGGCCAACCCAUUUAAUGUUUGAGCAAUUGUCCAGAGGAGCACUGAAAGUGAAACUGAAACAGGAUUUGAAGCUGCAAUUGUGCUCGAAGAGAUUUUGAAGUGGGCACACAUAAAAAAAGAAUAAAAGAAAAACUUUUUUCCUCACUCUAGAAUUAGGAAGCACGUUUUAGGCCCCACUAAAGUCACUAGACACUUUGUGUACAUAUUUGUAUUAUGUAUAAGUCGGGUUUAUAUUUUCAUUGUCGCGUCAUUCACCGCUUGCUUCGGCCAUUUUGUUCGAGCUCAGCGCUAAUAGCGAAUCACUCUGCGACAAUACUCGUAGUUGUGUGGGCAAACGCAACUGUUCUCUCUCUCCC